AUGAAGGUAAUUUCAUGUUUGUUAGGAUUUGAUUACACAAUUCUCAGACGCUGACUUACACCGAAUGCAGUCAGUGGUACAUUUCUGGUUAUUAUUUACAAACCGUCUAUGGACAAAAUGAGGGUUGUUGUUUUCCUCUAGGUAGGCCUGAACUUUCUGUUAAGUGCAUUGACAUGUCUAGUUUUGUUUGUAGGUCACAGUGCGCUGAUAGCGUUUCAUGCCCUUUUGUUUAUAACUCCCUGAUAGAAGCCCAUUUUUUUUAUUCUAUUGUGAUAGAUUAAUUAGAUGUUAGUGUCACGUUUGACCGAGGUAAUAAGGUACUUGAUGAAGUGGUUGUGCCAAUAACUGCAGUGAAGCUCCACCAUAACCUCUCAAGUGUAUUGGUGCUUCUCUGGCUGCGUUUACACAGGCAGCCCAAUUCUGAUAUUUUUCCCAGUAAUUGGUCUUUUGACCAAUCACAUCAGAUCUUUUCACAUCAGAUCUUUUUCAGAGCUGAUCUGAUUGGUCAAAAGAGCAAUUAGUGGAAAUAAGAUCAGAAUUGGGCUGCCUGUGUAAAUGCAGGCAUUGAGGUGACUGUACAAAUAGUUUUUUGUUUACAUCGUUAAUAAUCAUCAAGUAGAGCAGUUUCCCCUUUGAUAGUGUCGAUGUAUCAUAGGCAUAAAUGUCUGCUUGAAUAUGCCUUUGGUGCAAGGACACCGAUAGCUUUACUGUUCUCUUCUAAACAGAUCAAAGAGAAAAGACGGCAUACUCCCUCCCAUACAGCAAACGCAUUACCUUGCAUUCUAACAUGCUGGAUUCUGCAAUUCUGCCCGGUUUGUUUUUGCAUUAUGGAAAGUAUAGGGCCCUAAAAGUCUUUUUAUUAUCUUAAACAUUAAACAAAAAUGUUUUGGCAAAAGCUUUGUUUUGGUGAGAUGUGUUCUUGCUCUGACUUGCCAUGCGUUAUCAACAGGUUGUCUUUAGCGGUUGUGCAGACCUGCCCUGUUCACUGUGCCCAGACUGGCUCUCAACCACCAUGUCAUUAUAGUUUGUUUCCCAUGUCAUGACCUCGUUUGUGUGUGCGUGUAGGAGUUCACUGUCCCAGACUACCGAGGUCACCUGCAGGACCAGCAGGGUCGACGAAGGCCUUCCUUGCUUUCUGAAUUCCACCCUGGAACUGAGAGGUACGUAACCAUACCAACAGCCACCAAUAUAUACUUUACAAAAAUAUAAACGUAACAUGCAACAAUUUAAAUGAUUUUACUGACUAACAGUUCAUAUAAGGAAAUCAGUCAAUUGAAAUAAAUGAAUUAGCCCCUAAUCUAUGGAUUUCACAUAACUGGGCAUAGGCUCACCCACUUCGGAGCCAGGCCCACCCACUGGGGAGCCAGGCCCAGCCAAUCAGAAUGAGAUUUUCCCCACAAAAGGGCUUUAUUACAGACAGAAAUACUCCUCAAUUUCAUCAGCUGUCCGGGUGGUUGGUCUCAGACGAUCCCGCAGGUGAAGAAGCUGGAUGUGGAGGACCUGUGCUGGCGUUGUUACACGUGGUCUGCGGUUGUGAGGCCGGUUGCCAAAUUCUCUAAAACAAUGUUGCCAGCGGCUUAUGGUAGAGAAAUGAAAAUGAAAUGAUCUGGCAACAGCUCUGGUGGACAUUCCUGCUGUCAGCAUGCCAAUUGCACACACAGACAUCUGUGCCAUUGUGUUGUGUGACAAAACUGCACAUUUUAGAGUGGCCUUUUAUUGUCUACAGCACAAGGUGCACCUGUGUAAUGCUCAUGCUGUUUAAUCAGCUUAUUGAUAUGCCACACCUGUCAGGUGGAUGGAUUAUAUUGGCAAAGGAGAAAUGCUCACUAACAGGGAUGUAAACAAAUUUGUGCACAACAUUUGCAAGAAAGAAGCUUUUUGUGCAUAUGGAACAUUUCUGGGAUCUUUUAAUUUCAGCUCAUGAAACACUUUACAUGUGGCGUUUAUAUUUUUGUUCAGUGUAUAUACAUGGCUGUGGAGUGUACUAGGGCUGUGACGAUACCAGUAUUGCGAUUAUUUCUUUCCAUGGCACAAAGUAAAACACGAAGCAGACUAAACUCUUUGGUCCUUUAAAAACCUGCUUUAUGUGAAAUAUUGUGUGCUAUGGCUUGGAAAAUAAAUAAAUGUGACUCUGUAUGACAACAUAAUGCUGCUAAAAUGAUUGUUAAUUAGAUGUAUUACUACCCGUACGCUGCUGUUCAUUGAUUAUUGAUUACCAUUAGUACAUUAGUACCUAUCUAUUUUAUCCUGCUACUGGUCACUAUUACUCCUGUUUAUAUGUAUAUAUUACCACUAGUAUAUUACUAUAGUAUGUAUAUAUUUCUGCUACUUGUCACUUUUCAGCUGUGUUUACAUAUAUAUCUGCCUAUUACUGUUUACUAUUUUAUUAUUUAUCCUGCUACCAGUCACUUUCUCCUCGCCUACAUGUACUGUACAUAUCUACCUCUCAUACUCCAGUAUGCCUGCACAUUAUACAUUUGUUAUCAGCACUGACGCUGUAUAUAGCUUCCUCUCUUAUUUCUUAUUUCUCGUGUUUUCUUUAUAUACAGUUGGUAUAGAAAGUCACCACCCCCUUUCAAAAUGUUCACCUUUUGUUGCCUUACAGCCUGAAAUGAAAACACAUAAAAUUAGACUUUUUCCAGCUUUAUUUACACACAGUAAACCACAAUAUCCAAGUGGGGAAAAUAAUCUAAACAUUCUGAAAAAACUGUAAAAUGCCCGAUUUGGAUAAGUGAACACCCCCACUUAUAAUUGCAAUUGCAAACUUGCUGAGGUAUAACCAACCACCUUCCAGAUCACAAAUCAAUCUAAUUGGCUUCCAUCUGUGAUCAAUUGUAGUGACUUUGAUUAGUUCAGAAUAAAAGCAGUUGUUCAUAGAGGACUCACUGCUCAGUAGUGCAAUUCAAAGCAAAGAAUCCACUAUGGGCGGAAAGGUACUUUCAAAAGAUCUACGAGAUAAAGUUGUGGAAAGGCACAAGUCAGGGGAUAGAUAUACAAAUAUUUCAAAGGCUUUGUCUAUCCCUCGGAGCACAGUUAAGACCAUUAUUAAGAAGUGGAUGGUGUAUGACACCACCCAGACCCUGCAUAGAUCAGGCCUUCCCUACAAAGUAGAUGACUGGGCAAGGAGGAGACUGAUCAGAGAGGCUACCAAGAAGUCAAUGCCGACUUUGAAGGAGCUUCAGGGCUUUAUGGCAAAGACUGGUCAAUGUGUGCAUGUGACCACAAUAUCACAAGCGCUCCACAAAUCUGGCCUCUAGGAGGGUGGCAAGAAAAAAAUAACACUCCUCAAAAAAAGCCACAUCAAGUCUCGUUUGAGCUUUGCCAAAAAGCACAUUGUAGAUUCCGAGGCCAAGUGACAAAAGGUGCUGUGGUCAGAUGAGACCAAAAUUGAACUUUUUGGCAUGAACGCAAAACGAUAUGUCUGGCGAAAACCCAAUACAUCUUUCCACCCAAAGGACCCAAAGAACACCAUGCCUACAGUAAAGCACGGCGGUGGCAGCAUCCUGUUGUGGGGGUGUUUCUCUUCAGCAGGUACUGGAGCACUUGUCAGGAUAGAAGGGAAAAUGGACAGUGCAAAAUACCGACAGAUUCUUGAGGAGAACCUGCAGCCCUCUGCCAGGAAGUUGAAAAUGGGAAGAUGGUUCACGUUUCAACAUGACAAUGACCCAAAGCACAUUGCCAAAGCAACCGUACAGUGGCUGAAGGACUAGAAGGUGAUUGUACUGGAGUGGCCUAGUCAGAACCCCGACCUAAAUCUAAAUAAGAAUCUGUAGAAUGACGUGAAGAGUCAUGAGCGGUCACCAUGCAAUUUGACUGAGCUUGAACAAUUAUGCAAGGAAGGAAGUUAGUAGAGACGUAUUCAAAGAGACUCAUGGCUGAGUAAAAGGUGGUUCCACCAAGUAUUAACUCAGGGAGGUGUUCACAUAUCCAAAUAGGGUAUUUUACUGUUUUAAUUGUAAUAAAUGUUCAGAGCUUUUUAGAUCCCCCCUCCCCAUUUGGAUAUUGUGGGUUACUGUGUGUAAAUAACAGUUUUGAAAGGGGGUGGUGACUUUCUACACCCACUGUGUGUGUGUGUAUGUGUGUGUGUGUGUAUAUAUAUAUAUAUAUAUGUAUGUAUGUAUGUAUGUAUGUAUAUAUGUAUAUAUAUAUAUAUAUAUAUAUAUAUGUAUAUAUAUAUAUGUAUAUGUGUGUGUAUGUGUAUAUAUAUAUAUAUAUAUACACACACAGACACACACACACACACAGUGGGGAAAAAAAGUAUUUAGUCAGCCACCAAUUGUGCAAGUUCUCCCACUUAAAAAGAUGAGAGAGGCCUGUAAUUUUCAUCAUAGGUACACGUCAACUAUGACAGACAAAUUGAGAAAUAAAAAUCCAGAAAAUCACAUUGUAGGAUUUUUAAUGAAUUUAUUUGCAAAUUAUGGUGGAAAAUAAGUAUUUGGUCACCUACAAACAAGCAAGAUUUCUGGCUCUCACAGACCUGUAACUUCUUCUUUAAGAGGCUCCUCUGUCCUCCACGCGUUACCUGUAUUAAUGGCACCUGUUUGAACUUGUUAUCAGUAUAAAAGACACCUGUCCACAACCUCAAACAGUCACACUCCAAACUCCACUAUGGCCAAGACCAAAGAGCUGUCAAAGGACACCAGAAACAAAAUUGUAGACCUGCACCAGGCUGGGAAGACUGAAUCUGCAAUAGGUAAGCAGCUUGGUUUGAAGAAAUCAACUGUGGGAGCAAUUAUUAGGAAAUGGAAGACAUACAAGACCACUGAUAAUCUCCCUCGAUCUGGGGCUCCACGCAAGAUCUCACCCCGUGGGGUCAAAAUGAUCACAAGAACAGUGAGCAAAAAUCCCAGAACCACACAGGGGGACCUAGUGAAUGACCUGCAGAGAGCUGGGACCAAAGUAACAAAGCCUACCAUCAGUAACACGCUACGCCCCCAGGGACUCAAAUCCUGCAGUGCCAGACGUGUCCCCCUGCUUAAGCCAGUACAUGGAUUUAUUUUUCUCAUUUUGUCUGUCAUAGUUGACGUGUACCUAUGAUGAAAAUUACAGGCCUCUCUCAUCUUUUUAAGUGGGAGAACUUGCACAAUUGGUGGCUGACUAAAUACUUUUUUUCCCCACUGUAUGUAUAUAUAUAUAUAUAUAUACACACAGUGAGGGGAAAAAAGUAUUUGAUCCCCUGCUGAUUUUGUACGUUUGCCCACUGACAAAGACAUGAUCAGUAUAUAAUUUUAAUGGUAGGUUUAUUUGAACAGUGAGAGACAGAAUAACAACAAAAAAAUCCAGAAAGACGCAUGUCAAAAAUUUUAUAAAUUGAUUUGCAUUUUAAUGAGGUAAAUAAGUAUUUGACCCCUCUACAAAACAUGAUUUAGUACUUGGUGGCAAAACUCUUGUUGGCAAUCACAGAGGUUAGACGUUUCUUGUAGUUGGCCACCAAGUUUGCACACAUCUCAGGAGGGAUUUUGUCCCACUCCUCUUUGCAGAUCUUCUCCAAGUCAUUAAGGUUUCGAGCUCCCUCCACAUAUUUUCUAUGGGAUUAAGAUCUGGAGACUGGCUCGGCCACUCCAGGACCUUAAUGGGCUUCUUCUUGAGCCACUCCUUUGUUGCCUUGGCCGUGUGUUUUGGGUCAUUGUCAUGCUGGAAUACCCAUCCACUACCCAUUUUCAAUGCCCUGGCUGACCACAACACUUUCACCCAGUUCUCCUCUGAAUCAUUCAGAUGUUAAUUGGCAAACUUCAGACAGGCCUGUAUAUGUGCUUUCUUGAGCAGGGGGACCUUGCGGGCGCUGCAGGAUUUCAGUCCACGGCGUAGUGUGUUACCAAUUGUUUUCUUGCUGACUAUGGUCCCAGCUGCCUUGAGAUCAUUGACAAGAUCCUCCCGUGUAGUUCUGGGCUGAUUCCUUACUGUUCUCAUGAUCAUUGCAACUCCACGAGGUGAGAUCUUGCAUGGAGCCCCAGGCCGAGGGAGAUUGACAGGUCUUUUGUGUUUCUUCCAUUUGCAAAUAAUCGCACCAACUGUUGUCACCUUCUCACCAAGCUGCUUGGCGAUGGUCUUGUAGCCCAUUCCAGCCUUGUGUAGGUCUACAAUCUUGUCCCUGACAUCCUUGGAGAGCUCUUUGGUCUUGGCCAUGGUGGAGAGUUUGGAAUCUGAUUGAUAGAUUGCUUCUGUGGACAGGUGUCUUUUAUACAGAUAACAAACUGAGAUUAGGAGCAAUCCCUUUAAGAGUGUGCUCCUAAUCUCAGCUCGUUACCUGUAUAAAAGACACCUGGGAGCCAGAAAUCUUUCUGAUUGAGAGGGGGUCAAAUACUUUUUUCCCUCAUUAAAAUGCAAAUCAAUUUAUAACAUUUUUGACAUGCGUUUUUCUGGAUUUUGUUGUUGUUAUUCUGUCUCUCACUGUUCAAAUAAACCUACCAUUAAAAUUAUAGACUGAUCAUUUCUUUGUCAGUGGGCAAACGUACAAAAUCAGCAGGGGAUCAAAUACUUUUUUCCCUCACUGUGUGUGUGUGUGUGUGUGUGUGUGUGUGUGUGUGUGUGUAUGUACAUAUAUGUCAGUUAUACUAUUUUGACAUUGAUAACUGCACUGUUGGGUAGAGCUUGCAAGUUAAGCAUUUCACUGUACUUGUGCAUGUGACAGUAAAACUUGAACUAAUGAUGUUUGUUUCUAACAUUUAGGGAUGUUUUCCUAAAGAAGUUAAAAACCGCUUCAUGUUUUGUUUCCUUGCCACGAUACUAACGAGAAUUGCGAUACUGGUAUCGUCCCCCCCACCACCCCCAGGCCUCCAGAGAGACGUCAUGGCUACGAGCAGCAGUUCCACAGCGUCACCUCCCAGCAGCAGACCGACGCACACGAGGCCCUGGAGGCCAAGCGGCCCCGCAUGGAGACCGUCUCCGAGGCCCACUUUUCCCACGGUGCACUGCCCGGAGGCAUCGUUCUGCCCCUGCAGUCCCACCAGGUCCAGGACAGCCUCAGAGCCUCCGGAGGGGAGGUCAAGAAGGUAGACGUCGCCUAUCUACCUAGUUCUAAUAAAGACAUGGAGAACUAUUGCUAAAGCAAUGUAUUAAACCCUCAGUGACUUUCAGUAUGUUUGAGGGCAUCACUUUGAGCAAGGCGAGGUACAGAAGGGCUAAUCUUGAUCACAUAAUGAGGAUUUAUUUGGGAUACAAGUUGAUUUGUAGAUUCUGUACAGUCCGACAGUGAUUCUGUGCAGUCCAACUGCAAUGUAGUCAAUCUCAAACAUGCACAAUCUAUUGAACCCUCAUUGACUGCAGUGGACUCACUUUCUCUGUGUCUGUGUUCCAGGAGAACCAGUUCAGUGGCAUGAAAGCCGAGUCCCAGUCCCCAGGAGGGCUGCACCGUGUGGGGGAGGAGCAGGACGGCUCGCCCUCCAAACUGUCCAAGGAGGAACUAAUCCAGAGCAUGGACCGUGUGGACAGAGAGAUCGCUAAAGUGGAGCAGCAGAUCUUCAAGCUGAAGAAGAAGCAGGUGGGUUAGGCCUGAAAUUACUGCAUUUCAAACAGUCAGCAAUAAUCUAAUGAACCUUGGAUCUCUAGCUAAUAACAUAACAUUAGAGUAGAUCUAAACACUGCCCAUUAACCAAAUGCAGCAACAUUACAUCUAAUUGAAUGUUGAUUGAACCAGACAAAUCUAUUUUUGUCACUCAUACAUAUACCCCCUAAUACCAACAUAUUUCACAAGAUGUUAUAAACAAGUUAAAAGCCUCUUGUCUCAGUGACAAGGAGGUGGAACUGAGCCAGUCCAUUGUGGAAGUGAGCCAGGCAGGGUGAAAGGGCCUCCAGCUAAGCCAACAGGUUAGCUAGUCGUCCCAGAGAGGGCGACCCUCCUCCAGGCAGCGCUACAGGUUGCCCCCCUGCCUUCACCGCUGCGUUUGAAGGCAAAUCUCUGGGUCUCUAAGAUGCUUACCACAGGAGGAGUACAGCUCAGCUAGCUUGUUGCACACAUAUGUCUGCUUCGAUUUACUUGCUCCCAGAAGACUGAAUUUCUGGAGCUGUGGGAAUAUUCGCUAUAUCAAGCUCUCUUCCUGUCCUGACCGCCUGGUGAAGGGAUAAUUAACUCACUUUUUUGUGGUGAUUUGAGUUGGAGAGCUAAAAACAGUUGCUAUCUUUUUGGAAUCCCUACUCAUUAGACAGGAAUGUAAACUGUGCUUGGCUUUGGGAGAAAGUCUGUUUUUGUGUUUUCCUAGGGCUUUUCCCAGGAUUUCCUGGGAUUUUAUUCAUUUAUUCAAGGUAUUCCAGGAGCUCCUAAUCUCAGGUGGCCUUUUGUAACCUAGUUGUUUACAUAACCUUUAGCAUGUAAAAUCACACGGACACCAGUUCAACUACCACACGUACACACACACACACAACAAGUUCAACUAUCAGUCAACAGAGUGAGUCUCAGAAAGUGGAGAGAACGGCAUAUCAGUUAAAUUACAGAGCUCUUUAAAAAAUGCCCUAAAACAAGCAUGAGCCUCGCAUAUCAGAGAACGGAAUCAGAUUAGCACCGUUGAAUUAAAAUGGAGCCUUGUUCUCCUGCCCAGCCACCACCAUGAGCUGUAUGGAGGUGGAAUUAGUAAACAACAUGAACAUUUUGUUUUAAAACACGCAGCAUGAAACUCAUGUCUUAUUCUUUAACUGUAUGAUUUAUGGAGGAGAGGAAGUUUCCCAUAUAAUAUUUUCUGUGUGUGUGCGCAUACUCAUUUGUAAACUGACAUGUUAUGUGUUGUCUUUUAGCAACAACUGGAGGAGGAAGCGGCGAAGCCAGUGGAGCCAGAAAAGCCGGUGACCCCUCCCCCCAUACCACAGGAACACAACAAACACCGCAGCAUCGUCCAGAUCAUCUAUGACGAGAACAGG